GAUAUGUCUUGACACAUGUAAUGGAAAUUGGCAUACUGUCCAUAAUGAUGAAUUUGCCUGCAGACUCCAAGAAGGUUGUCAUGCCCCUGAGGUUCUCGACAAGGAUGCUGCAGAUGACUUUCCUCUCCAAUGAUAUCAACAGCCAAGAGAUUAUUUCCCGAUUCAAGAAAUCAAAUCACCUGGACCGGAAAGACAUGAUAAUGUUUAUUGUGUUAGAGAAUAUCGACAAGUCAAAGAAGGUUUCAGGCAACCAUUAUUGGGUCUUCAACGUGAAUAUAAGGGAUCGAAGGUUCGAGGUGCUUGAUUCAUGGAGGACACUUCAGGACAAGACUCUAGAUGUCUGCGCAAGGACUAUGGUUGCUAGUUUUCGGGCUCUGUGGGAAGAGCACUAUCCGAAGUCUCAUAUCUCAUUAGAUGACUUCACACUAAGAAACAUUGAUGUGCCAAAACAAACUAACAAAUAUGACUGCGGCAUUUUUGCUCUCUCAAUUGCAAAUGGGUGGGAAGGAAGGAACGUUCCAAGAUUUACAGCAGAGGAUGUUCAAAGUAUCAGGAAGCAGUUGACAAACACGUGGGUUAACACCAAGUGCAACAAGGCUCCAUGGGAAGCUGUAUUGAAGUUAGCUUAG